AUGGCUGAUCAACCAAUAAAUGCCACAAACCCAAGCACUACCGAUGCCGGUAACGCCACAGGAGGGGCAAUGAGUCCACAAGAACGACAGCUUCAUGAAUUGAGAAGACAGAGACAAGAACUAAGACGUCAGCAGCAACUACGAGCCCAGCAAAGAGCACAACAACAGGGUUCGGCCUUAUCUGCAGCUACCGGAGGCUCACCUGCCCAGUCACCAUUUGCUGCUCGGAGGGCUCAAGCAGAGGGAGGUGCAGCUGGAACUAUGAGGUCGCCAUUCCAAUCUCCUUUUGCCAGAACAAGAGAUCAGCAGCAACAGGGAGCAGCUCCUCAGCCGGAAAAUAUACCCCGAGUGCCCAGACGAGAACCAUUGGCGCAACCACAACAACCUCCACGAGCAAGUAAUGCUGCUGCUGCUACUUCCAGGCAGUCACCAAGGCCAGGUUCCGAUAUUACAGAGUCGUUGGCAUCGGUUCGGAGGAUUAGCCGCUUUGAAGAACGUCCAGGGGAUAUUGCCAGAUCAACUACAACAACCGCACGGCAGACACUAAGAACAGAACAAUCGCCACCAUUUGCAGCAGCAGCUACAGGUUCUGGCGGAGUAGGAAGAGGAGGAGGAGGAGGAGGUACCAACUUGCCUCCACCGUCGCCUCCACAGCCACGCUUCCCUUCCCCACCCAUUGCUGGAUCCAGUGCUCGUCUACCUCCAUCAAGGCCACAAGUUGCAUCCACAACGACAGCUGCUGGGUCUCCUGCAGGCGAGACAAGAAGAGUGACUGGAACCACGGGCCGCAAAACAUUACCCGGGACAUCUACAUCAUCAACGAGAAGAGCACAAGCUGCGACAGCUGCAUCAUCCAAUUUACGACAACGGCCCCGUCAACCAACUGGAGCAGGUUCACAACUGCAGCUGCAAUCACAAUCACAAUCGCGUGCGAGAACAGCAGCACGAGUUAAGAAGAGAUAUAGACCCGGUACAUUGGCACUUCGAGAGAUUCGUCAUUUCCAAAAAUCAACCGAUUUAUUAAUUCGAAAAUUACCUUUUGCAAGAUUGAUCAAGGAGAUUUCCCUUGAUUUCGUUGGUCCCGAAUAUGGAUUGAGAUGGCAACUGAAUGCAAUAUUGGCACUACAAGAAGCUCUGGAGACCUAUUUGGUUCAUCUUUUGGAAGAUACUAAUCUAUGUGCCAUUCACGCGAAAAGGGUGACCAUUAUGCAAAAGGAUAUGCAAUUGGCAAGAAGAUUGAGAGGUAGGUAUACAAUUUAG